AUGUACAAACUGUUGAGAGCCAGAAUUCCCGACGCCAAGAAAGUGGAGCUGCUGGAAUUCCGCUUCAGCGAUUUUCCUCUGUCCGAGUUCGAGCUGAUCCAGUGCGGGAUCCGCUGCUUCUUUGAGCUGGGAGUGGUGGAGAAGUUUAAAGUCCCGGCAGAGACCCUGACCAGAUGGAUGUACACCGUACGUAAGGGUUACCGUGACAUCACCUACCACAACUGGAGACACGGCUUCAACGUGGGACAGACCAUGUUUACUCUGCUCCUCACGGGCAAGCUGAAGAAGUACUACUCCGAUCUCGAGGCCUUCGCCAUGGUGGCCGCUGGAUUCUGCCACGAUAUCGACCACCGAGGAACCAACAACCUCUACCAGACCAAGAGCGCAUCCCCUCUGGCAAAACUCCACAGUUCAUCCGUCAUGGAGAGGCACCAUCUGCAGUACAGCAAGACCCUCAUGGAGAACGAGAAUCUCAACAUCUUCCAAAACCUGCAGAAGCGUCAGUUUGAGACCGUGCAGCAUCUGUUUGAAGUGUGCAUCAUCGCCACAGACCUGGCCCUUUAUUUCAAGAAGAGGACAAUGUUUCAAAAGAUCGUGGACCAGUGCGGAGAAAUCAAGGACGAGAAGGAAGUCAUCAACUUCGUCUCCAAUAACCCCACCAGAAAAGAAAUCGUCAUGGCAAUGAUGAUGACUGCGUGUGACUUGUCGGCCAUUACCAAACCAUGGGAGGUUCAAAGCAAGGUGGCGUUGAUGGUGGCAGCAGAGUUCUGGGAGCAGGGAGACCUGGAGAGAACCGUCCUGGACCAGCAGCCUAUUCCAAUGAUGGACAGGAACCAUGCGGACGAGCUGCCGAAGAUGCAGUGCGGUUUUAUCGACUUUGUCUGCUCCUUUGUCUACAAGGAGUUUGCCCGCUUCCAUGUAGAGAUCACACCCAUGUUCGACGGCCUGAACAUCAACAGAGGAGAGUGGAGGGCUCUGGCUGACGUCCACGAGGCCAAGAUCAAAGCCAUCGAGGACGAGAAGAAGAAGCUGGAGGGAGGAGGAGGAGACGCUGCGGUGUGGUGUUUGUGGGACAGGAAGAGGGACCACGGCAAAUACAGGUGA